UCACAGCUUUUAUUAUUAUAAUUAUGUAAGAAUUGCCCAAUAUUUUGAAGAGUAUGUGUACAUUUUCGAUAGAUCAAACUCGAUUAAAUUCGUAAUAUACGAUCGAAUUAUAUAUUUAACGAAAAAUGCAACUGGACAUAUUUGAGGUAAUAAAAGUAGUGAAUAAUAGCGAUCUCUUGACAUUUCUUGAAACGUAAUGAUAAGAAAAAUGUGUGAAUAAAUAUGGGAGCAGAAAAGAUGAAUGAAAACGUACGUAUUUACCAAAGUAGAAAUAAUGUAAUAUCGGGGGGAAAAAAAAAAAAAAUAAAAAAAAAAAAUAAGAUAUACGAAACGAUUUAGCAAAACGUUCUUACGUAACUCGCCUCACGACUUGUCUUCGAUUAGUGUUAAUGAUUACUAUUCUAUGAAAAUACGAGGAAAUUCAAUACUACGAAUACUUAUUAUUUCUUUCUAUUUACUUUUUCUAUUUAUUUUUAUCUUUACUAUUAUAAAAAUAAUUACUCAGCUUUCAAGCAGCCUUUAGAUAGGAAAAAAACUCGACAAAGACGUAGAGGGGAUAUGCAUAUUAUUUAAAAAGCAAGCGCAUCAGACAGAAUUUUUAUUGUAUUCACCGUCUUUACCGAAGGAUAUCCACAUGCUUCAAUUUCUUUCCACUUGCUAUCACUUAUUUCCACUUGCUUUCCCAUGCGAAUUCGUACGAAAAUUGUGAAACUUCUUAUCAUAUCAAUAUCGCAUCAAUCUUACAAUACAUAUUCCGAGUUUUGAUCGCGUGAUUAUAGACUUUGUUGAUUUUGUUCAGUUCACAGUGCCGCUCUAGUUUUGAGCAUAUCCAUCGAUCAACUCUAGCUUAUGAUCAUUUAUAUGUGCGAAUACGUUCUUACGUGCACCAUUCAUUUCCAAGAAAUCGCUCCUCAAGAAUUCAUUAAGGAACCUUUAAGGAAAGUUAUUUUCAAUGGGUGAGAAAGACAUAGAAAUGAAGCAAUCGUCGAUACAAUUAUCAACAGAUGCGUCUAGCGAGAUAGAUUUAGAAGAAUUCGUCCAACUUGCCCUUAACGAAACAGGGUUUGGUAAAUUCAAUCUGAAGGUGAUGGCCCUUUGUAGUCUGAUUUAUCUAAACACAGCACUCAGUAUAAGCAGCAUCGGAUUUAUUCUUCCUUCGGCAGCAUGCGAUUUUCAAAUGAGCACGAUCGAAAAAGGGAACAUCAAUAUUAUAUUUUUAAUCGGAAUGGCUUGCGGGUGUUACUUUUGGGGUUGUUAUGCCGGAAUCAAAGGUAGAAUAAAAACUUUGACAGUCUCGUUGUUUCUUCAAGGAACGUUUGAAAUUUUCUGUAGCAUCGUCCCACACUAUGGAUUUUUCUUAUUAUUUAAAUUUCUCAGCGGAUUUUCGUUAAGCGGGCAAAGCGGGACGCUCUUUGUUUAUUUAGGAGAAUGUCAACCAACAAAAUAUAAAGAGACAUUACUUUCUUGGUUGGAGAUGGCAUGGACAUUAGGUCUUAUGGUGUCACCACUUAUCGGUUGGAUAAUUAUUCCAUUAAAAUUUGAUUUCGAUACGAAACCUUUUGUAUUUCACUCUUGGAAUCUAUUCGUUUUAAUAUGUUCCCUUCCGUCAUUAAUUAUCGGCUUUUGGACGUUACAUUUCACUGAAAGUCCCAAAUUUCUUGCCGAAAUGAUGCAAAUGUCGGAAUUGGCCGUGGUACUUGGAAAAAUAUAUUCCGAAAAUACUGGUAAUCCGGUGGAAAAAUAUUUCGAAAUACUCGCUAAAAGUGAAAAUCCUUUACAUAAAACUUUGAAAAUGAAUAAUUAUGAAAAUUCGAACGAGGAAAUUAAAUUGAAUAAUUUCCGUGCGAAUGUGCAUUCUAUGUAUACGCAAACGAUAUCUCUUUUUAAACCACUGCACAUUAUGAGAAGUCUUAACGUAUUCAUUCUCAUAUGCUGUAUUACGGCCUCUUACUACACGCUGAUGCUUUGGUUUCCGGAAUUGUUUCAAAGAUUCGCCAAGUACGAAAUGAUGUAUCCAGAAAAAUUCGCUAGCGUGUGCAAAAUUUCGAAAAUAAAUCAACUUGGAAGCAAUAAUACAUUGAUGCUGAAACGUGAUAUAUACGACUGCGAAAAUAAUAUUCACAACAAUGUCUUUUCCCAUACAUUUCUCUUAGGACUAGCUUGUAUACCACUUAGUAUUAUGCUUCCGCUGACCGUUAAAUACACGGGUUAUAAGAUUUAUUUAAUAAUUUGCACAUUCCUCUGUACUAUAGUGACCAUAGGCUUUUUCUUUAUAAAAUCAUCGACACAAAAUCUUAUACUUUCUUGCAUCUUCGAAGCGUUGAUAUCUAUAUGCAUGAGUAUUAUCUUCUGCGUGAUCGUCGACCUUUUUCCUACCAAUAUAAGAAUGAUGGCAAUUGCUCUAGCUGCAUUUUGCGCACGUUUGGGAUCAUUUGUAGGAAAUUGGUUAUUUGGUUACUUAAUAGACAAUUAUUGUUUAUCAUUGAUACUCAUAGUAGCUACACAACUUUUCUGUACGUUUUAUUCAACAUUUUGUGUUAUUAUCUCCUUACAAAAGUGUAUUUACGUUUUUCUACAUUUAUCUAUAUUUUUCUUCUUUCUAGUAAGCUUUAUACUCAGCUGUCUUACACCUGGAAGAUUUGGACAAACAAAAGCAAUCAAAAAUACAUAAUUCCAAAUAUUUCGAUUUAAAAUGUAUGUAUCGAAUCAUAUAUGUGUGUAAGAUGAAGAUGAAUUUGUUAGACAUAUAAUGUAUGAUAUGAGAUAAUUUUAUCUACCAUUAUAA